AUGGGCAGAGCGAAGAACUUUAUAUGGUUGCUGGUUUUAGUUUUUGCUGUUUUGACUGCGGUGUAUAUAAAUCCCUUCGGUUUCACAUCUCGAUGGUAUUCCCUGGAUAAAGAGGUAAAUAUAACUGUGGGAAAAUUAAAGGAAAUGAUGAAAAAUGGUGACCUAAAACUGAUUGAUGUUCGUGAACCUGAUGAGUUGAUAGAGGCUGGAAGGAUCCCCAAUGCUGUAAAUAUUCCACUUGGUGAAAUCGAAGAAGCUUUUCAGAUGGACAAAGAGGCUUUCCGGGAGAAAUACAAGUUUGAAAAGCCUGACAAAUGGGAGAAAAACUUGGUCUUCAGCUGCAGAAGUGGAAUAAGAAGCAUGCGUGCCCUCAAGAUGGUGCAAGAUAUGGGUUAUGAAAACUUAACUAAUGCAUAUCGUAGUUUUUAG